AUGAUUGUGGACCCGCAGAGCAUGAAGCCCGACGACGCCACGUGGGUUCUGACGUCAUCGUUUGUCAUCUUCACUAUGCAGACGGGGUUUGGUCUCCUCGAGUCCGGGUGCGUAUCCAAGAUGAACGAAGUGAACAUCCUGAUGAAAAACGCCGUGGACGUGGUUUUGGGCGGCCUCACCUACUGGGCCGUGGGCUAUGGCCUCCAGAACGGACGUGGUCCAGGCACCAAUCCCUUCUGCGGCGUCGGCUCCUUCUUUCUCGACGCAAGCUCCGAAGUGAUGGGUGAAGAAUUCGCCAUGUUCAUCUUCCAGCUUUCCUUCGCCACCACGGCCACCACCAUCGUCUCCGGUGCCAUGGCCGAGAGGACCAACUUCCACGCGUACAUGUUCUUCUCAGCGCUAAGCACGCUCAUGUACUGCAUUCCGGCGGGUUGGGUGUGGAGCAAGCAUGGCUUCCUCAACAAGCUCGGCGUAAUCGACUUCGCCGGUUCCGCCUGCGUGCACCUGCUGGGAGGCACGUCCGGUCUCAUGUCGGCCAUCAUGCUAGGACCCAGACUCAAGUGGGACAGGGCCCGGAGGCCUAGGAUGGGCAACCCUACAAACGCCAUGAUUGGAGCCUUCACGCUCUGGUGGGGCUCGUUGGUCUUCAAUAGCGGCAGCACCUUCGGAAUAUCAGACGAGAAAUGGCAUUUCGCAGCCAGAUCUGCUGUGUCAACCAUCAACUCGUCCAUUGGUGGCGGUCUUGUAGGCACCAUCGCGACAUAUCUUGUGCACCGCAGCUUUGAUGUUGAAGAGAUCAUCACGUCUAUCCUUGGAUCCCUAGUGUCAAUAACCGCUGGAUCAGCCUUCUACCGUUCUUGGGAGGCACUGUUGAUCGGCGCUGUCGGGGGCCUGUGCACAACCCCGAUCCCGUCCCUGCUUCGCCGCUGCUUCAGCGUCGACGACCCCGUGAACGCAGCCGCCAUCCACGGAGUUGGUGGUCUCUGGGGCAUGCUGGCCGUGGGGCUAUUCCUGGAUGCCACACGCUACCAGGGACUACGCUACCACCGCCGGGGGCUCUUCAAGGGAGGGGGCUAUCAAUUGCUGGGCAUCCAGUUCGUCGCCUGCAUCACCAUCAUUGUCUGGAGCUCGGGGGUGACGUUCAUUGUCCUCAAGCUCAUCAACAAAGUGACGCCACUUCGGAUGAGCCCCGAGCACGAACUUCUGGGCGCCGACUUUGUUGAGCACGGCAUCGAGCACCACGAGCUGUACCCUUACGAGGACAGCCUGUCGCAAAGCGAAAUCCUUCGUAUCCGAAACAAUGCCGUGGCAACGGUCGAAACAAACGUUUCUGACGACCGUCCUCAGCACGAAGACGAGGUCAACGACGAAGCGUCCAACACCCAGGGGCCUCCCGAAGAAGCUCGGCUUACCAACGACCCGCCAGGAAGCGAAGACCCGACGUCUCCCACAAGGACGGCGUCCCCCGAAUUCCAUCGCGGUACUUCAUUUUGGGAGGUCAUGAAUCAGGAAGCGGGCAGUAAUGGCAAGAUGGAUGAUGCAUCUCCUCAGCAGGAAAUGACCAUACGACUCGUGGCUAACUACAGGAGUAGCUGUGUCAUUGCUUGA